AUGACCUCAUAUAACUGUCUUCUGGGUGCUCUGUGUCUAGCGGUAGGUGUAGGUGUUGUCAAGGGACUAACUAUCACCUCCGAUCCUGGAGCACUAGCGAACAAGACGUUUACUCACGUCGUCAUCGGUGGUGGCACGGCAGGGUUGACCGUGGCUAGUCGUCUUGCUGAGGAACCUUUGUUCAACGUCGCAGUAAUCGAGGCAGGCCCAGACGCGCAGAACGAUAGCCUCGUUAACGAUCCAGCCAACGACGAAACAGUCUCCUCUGUUUAUCGUUGGGCGUAUCUCACGACACCACAAGGAAGCAAAGGUGUGAACUUGACCAUGCUACAAGGAAAGGUACUAGGUGGCAGCUCAUCUAUCAACGGAAUGGAAUGGACUCGGGCCACAUCGAACCAAUAUGAUGCUUUAGAGCGUCUCGGCAAUGAAGGAUGGAAUUCGACUAGUAUGUUCAAAUACAUGAAGAAAGCCGAAGGAUUUCACCCACCCUCGUCUUCCCAGCUCGACCUCGGAGCGACUUGGGAUCCUUCGCCCUGGAUUCAUAACACCACCGGCCCUGUCUCCGCGUCGUUCCCUAAUCCCUAUUCUGCAGCCGGCUCUUUCGGAACAUACAUUUCCUCUCUGCUAGCAUACUUUGCUCCCGUCGGCCUUGUCCAAAAUCCAGACGUAUGCUCCGGUACGCCAAACGGUGCCGCCCGAAUCGCGUACUCCAUCAUACCUGGCUCGAACGACACGAACGAUACCGAAGAAAACGUGCGAGCAAGCAGUGCGAGGUCGUACGUAUACCCUUUCUUAGGACAGCUGGAUGCGAAAGAGAACCUUGUCAUUUUGGUGGGGCAUCAGGCGAUUGGGAUUGUGUGGGGAGAUGACGAUGCGGACGGAAAUGCAACGGCAGCCGGUGUCAGGUUCGUGAACACACCUGAGGAGAACGGAACAGUUGAUGGAGCGGUAUGGGAAGUGGCGGUGAGAAAGGAGGUUGUCGUGGCAUCAGGGGCAAUUGGGGUACAGUCCAGCUCGUUUUCGACAAAGCAUGCCACUGAAGUGAAACCUUUUCGUUUCCUCUUCCAUCAGAGUCCGCAUUUCCUUGAGCUCAGUGGGAUUGGGAAUGCGACGAUCCUCUCGUCGAUGGGAAUUCCCGUCAAGAUUGACCUCCCUUCUAUUGGCACGAACCUUCAAGAUCAGCCGCUUAUAUCGGGCGAAUACAACAGCAGCGCGUCCGUCCCGCCUUCGUUCAUCAAUACGACUAAUGCUCCGAAUGUCGGCGUCUCUACGUACCUCACCCUUGGGCAGGUCUUGGGUUUCGAGAAUGGCAAUUCUAGUGUACAGGGUCUCUUAAACAGCUUGGAAGAAAGGGCGAAAGAGAUCGUGGCUGGUGGCGGGUUUGUGAACGAGGAUGCGUUGAAGACCAUCCUCAUGAUGCAAGCCGAGAGUAUGCUCGACGAUGCGCCUGUCGUAGAGAUGUCGUGGGGAUCGCUCGGAGGAAUUAUAGGGAGUGUCGUAUGGAACCUCCUUCCGCAGAGGUAUAUCACCCGACUACAUCUUAAUUGGGCUCUAUUUGACCGACAUGCCUCGUUCAGUCGCGGCACCACUCACAUCCAGUCCUCCAAUCCUGCCGUACUUCCCCGUCUGAAUCCCGCUUACCUUCGUGGUCCUGCCUUCGACCUCUACCUCAUCUCCAACGCCACAAAAUCCGCCCGUGCAGUCUCACAAACCCCUCCCCUCUCUGACAUCGUGACUACUGAAUUAGUACCUGACCUUUCCACCAUCCCGCUCAACGCAUCAGACGAAGUAUGGCAUGAAUGGAUACUUGCCAAUGUUCAGCCGGUGAUACAUCCAAUCGGAACGGUGGCGAUGCUGCCACGAGAGAUGGGAGGAGCUGUUGGGAGCGACUUGAAGCUCUAUGGGACGAGUAAUGUGAGGGUUGUUGAUUCGUCUAUCAUUCCGAUCCAGCUCAGUGCUCAUUUAAGCGCGACGGUGUACGGUAUCGCUGAGAAGGCCGCAGAUAUCAUCAAGGGCUGCGAUUGAGGUUCUGAGCGCAAAUCUGUAUCCUAGAUUUCCACCAUUGCGACGUCAUUUUUACGGAGCAUGCGUUACGACAGGUACGACUACUUGCCCGGCUUGUGACAUAACCAUGAAACAAACUUCCUGCAGACACUGCGCAGUGUUUUAUACGAUAAAUAUCAAUAUGGACCAAUCGUCCAAAUACAAGUCGGAAGUCCUUCCAUUGAUCUCUUUACCGCACCAGCUCGAUCUGUUGGACUAUCCUCCAUACGCCCAUUUGCACAUUCCUUUCCAACUCCCACGGACCGAAACGAGCUCGCAGAAGCGUAUUACAGUGUUUACUUGACUCUUUGGCUAAGGUCAUCGCAGUGGCCUGCGUGAUAGUGGAAUACCAAUGCUCCGACUCGACAGUGACACACUUGAGGACUUUGAAGUAAGCAAGACAAAUUGCCACCGAUAAGCUGGUAGUAAUAGCUUCGCCACGAUCCUGGUAAUUCGAAAAGUCGACGCUCAACUCCUCGAGCGUCGGCAACUCUUCCUUGAGCUCGACGAGAUACGGAAUUGUUCUUUCUGCCGGAAUCACGAUUCUGACCGACUUGAUUCCUGUGAAUUUCCCCAAGGGAUGGAUAACGUCGAAGGGCUCUUCAUCAAGACCACCGAACCGAUCCUGAUGCACGCCUGCAAAGUGUAAACUUGGGUUGGCAUGGACGAGCUCCCAGUACGUGAAAGGGGCGGUGAAUCGUUCCAAAUCAGUGAAGGUAAGCUCCUUGUCCCCCAGGUUGCUGUCGUAUUCGUCGGUGAUGAGUUCGAUAUCUUUGAGACGAGGAUGGUUGGAAAGGAAGUCAAUGAGAGUAGGAGCGUGGAUGAGGUCCAUCUCGAUUCUGAAGGUACGAAGGGAGGGGAGACGGAGAGCGUCCAGGAUUUCGAGCGACCCUUCGGUCGGACAGAAGAUGGAGUCAAUAUUGAGUGACUCGAGGUUCGGAAGAGUCGCGAAUACGCGUUUGAGAAGUGCAGUGAGCUCAAAUGCUUGGGCAGGACGCUUUAUACGGUCGCUAGGAAGCCGUGAAACCGUGACGUUUUUGACGAGAGCCGCCUUGUCUGGCUUUUCCAUGACGGUCUGGCACCAUUUCUGAGCUCGACGAACGAGAGCCUUCGUGUCUCCAGCAUACGUGGCCGUGCAGCGUAUCGAAACGUCUCGGUACAGAUCACGGACCGUGAGUUCGUGAAAGACGCGACUGGUGCGGCACAAUGCCCAUAGAGAAGAUUUUGGAGCCUGCUUCGUUAUUUCUGUGAGCAACUCAACAGGAAGUCGAGGAGCUUCUAGGUAUUUCUGUGCUCUGCGCGUAAGAACCAUGGCGGUUCAAGUUACGCUACUAGUAUACGGUGGGAUGACUGAGUACUGAGUGUCACGACUGUCGUCACCAAAAAUUUAGAAAGGGUGAAAAGAAGGUGACUG